GAGUGGGUUAGUUCGCUGAUAUAAGUUCAGCUCGGUUAUACAGAUUAUAAAGGAGUUAUUUAGUGUGUAUGUUAUUCAACCUUUUGCUUUUUGUUUAUUUAAGUUUAUUUUGGCAAAAUGCUGGAUUUUUUUGCCAUAUUUAGUAAAGGGGGCAUAGUGCUGUGGUGUUUUCAUGGGGUCGGGGUUUCGGAAUCGUUUACAGGCCAUGUCAACGCUCUUAUCCGCUCCGUUAUUCUACAGGAGCGUUCUGGAAACAGUUCUUUUACUCAUAAUUCAUUGAGUCUCAAGUACAAGUUGGACAAUGAAUUUGAGCUUGUGUUUGUGGUGGGUUUUCAGAAAAUUCUGAUGCUUACGUAUGUGGACAAGUUCAUAGAUGAUGUUCAGCUUCACUUCAGAGAUCGUUAUAAAAAUGAGUUGGAGCAGAAGAAUGCGCUUAAUUUCUUGAGCAGUUGUUUUGAGUUUGAGGAUGACUUCCACCAGCUUCUGCACGAGGCAGAAGCAGAGAACUUGGCUAAACCCCAAAAUAAAAUGAGAACUUUCAAUGAGUCUCAAAAAUCUCAGAAAACUGUGAAAUCUAUGAUUGAGACGAAAGGUGAAAACAAAGGCAAGGAGCCUACUGGAAAGAAGAACAAGCAAACCAGAAAAGAAGUUGAAGCAGUGGCGGUUGAGCAGUCCAGGCCUGAGAAGACUAUGGAGAAUGGGAGUCAGGGAAUGAGCCAGGAAGAUAUAAUUCAGAAAAAACGUGAAGAGUUCUUUCGCAAAAAAACAGGGGGACGAACUGAAAAGACUAGUAAGUCCCCUAAACCUCAGAAGCCAAAGGGGAAAGAGAAAAGAGUUUGGGAGAAUCAUGGUACCAACACCAAAGAUCUGGACUACAGUUCGUCAAAUAGUCUCAAUCCCACCUGCAACCUAGAGCAAGACCCGGAGGUCACAGCUGAACAAGUGGGCUCUAUGAAAGGUGACCUGCGUGAUGUAGACUCAGAGUCCUCAGAUGACAUGAAUGAAGAAGAUCAGGAGCAAGAGAUUUCAGAAGUCAGUAAAAAAGGAGCCAAAUCAGGUGGUUUUGGUGGUAUGUUUGGAAUGCUGAAAGGUUUGGUUGGCUCCAAGACCUUGUCUAUACAAGAUUUGGAGCCAGCGCUUGAGAAGAUGAAAGACCACCUCAUUGGUAAGAAUGUAGCAGCUGAUAUAGCUUCACAGCUCUGUGAUUCUGUGGCCAAAAAACUGGAAGGAAAAGUCAUGGGCACUUUUACCACUGUGGCCUCUACAGUAAAACAGGCUCUGCAGGACUCUCUAGUGCAGAUCCUACAGCCAAAACGAAGAGUGGACAUUCUGAGAGAUGUGAUGGAAGCACGUGCUCAGCAAAAACCCUUCGUCAUUACAUUCUGUGGUGUCAAUGGGGUUGGCAAGUCCACUAACCUGGCUAAGAUCUCUUAUUGGCUGAUUGAGAAUGGAUUUACUGUGCUUAUCGCUGCAUGUGACACAUUCCGUGCGGGUGCAGUGGAACAGUUGCGGACUCAUCAGCGGCGACUGAACUCGCUACACCCCCCAGAGCAGCAUGAUGGGCGGCCUGUUGUCCAACUUUUUGAAAAGGGUUAUGGCAAAGAUGCAGCUGGUAUUGCAAUGGAGGCUAUUGCAUAUGCCCGUAAUCAGAACUUUGAAGUUGUACUGGUGGACACAGCUGGUCGUAUGCAGGAUAAUGCCCCAUUGAUGACUGCACUGGCAAAGCUUAUUGCUGUCAAUACUCCAGACUUGGUUCUGUUUGUAGGAGAGGCACUGGUUGGUAAUGAAGCUGUGGAUCAGCUGGUCAAGUUUAACCAGGCAUUGGCUGAUCAUUCCAAGUCUGAUCAACCAAGACUCAUCGAUGGCAUUGUUCUCACAAAAUUUGAUACUAUUGAUGACAAGGUUGGUGCUGCAAUUUCCAUGACUUACAUCACAAGUCAGCCCAUUGUCUUUGUGGGUACAGGACAAACUUACAGUGACCUGCGCAGCCUAAAUGCCAGAGCAGUUGUGAACGCACUUAUGAAGGCUUGAGUUGUGUGCAUGCUGGUUUAUGCACGAUGGUUCAAUUGGAUCUGGCACACAUUACCAAACAAGCUUGGGAUCCAACAUUGCCAUUACGUCUUAGAAGACUUUACAAGUCCUGAUGCAGAGUAACAUGAAAUCUGACUUUUUUUCAGAUUCCAUGUUGCAGCAACAGCUAUUUAAUUGAAAAGAAAUUAACUCUUGCAGUUUUUGAAGGGUUAUUUGACGGAAUACCCAGCAAUCAAAGUACAUAGCUAACCAAAACAGAUGGUGUUAAAUCUCAGCAAUGCUAAUGCCAGCUGAGCUAAUGCUUAAUACAGCUGAACUGUAGAUGCUGCGACUUCUAUUCCUGAUGGUUGCAGCUUUUUGGUUUGAACCAUCUUCUGCCAACAAGAUGUGUGCUAUUAAAUGUUGAAAAAGCAUAACGUGUUGACUUGUCAAGGUAGAAGGAAAAUUAUUUCUUUACUCUGGCUCCAUUGGGGCAACCCAAUAACUGAUAUGUUCUCUUUAUAAAUGUAGAAAUAUACAUUAAAUUAAUUAAGAAAACUAAA